CCGGCGCCCAGCAUCAGGUGUGAACCGUGCGACGCGAUGAGAAUUGUUUUAGCUUUGAUCGCUGUGAGCCUCUUGGCCGCUAGCCUUGAGGCGUUGCCACAGCAGGAUGUCGAACAACCGCCGGUGGCCCGCUCGGUCUGGAACCGAUUACACCGGGAGCCACCGAUCCGUGGCGGAGCUCCAACCAAGAAGGCCGCCCCAGUGACGACGAAGUACAUCAUGCAGCGUUUGGAUCAUUUCGAUCCACAAAACGUGAACACCUGGUCCAUGCGUUACAUGGAAAAUGGUGAACACUACCAAGCGGGCGGUCCGCUCUUUAUCUACGUGGGCGGCGAGUGGGAAAUAUCCGAGGGCAGUAUCUCGCGCGGUCACGUGUACGAUAUGGCCCAGCAGCUGAACGGGUAUCUCUUCUACACCGAGCAUCGCUACUACGGCAAGAGCCAUCCAACCGUUGACUUGCGGACGGAUAAAUUGAAAUACUUGAACAUCGAUCAGGCGCUCGCGGAUUUGGCGCAUUUUGUCAUCGAAAUGCGCAAAACGAUUCCGGGCGCCGAAAGGUCCGGUGUCAUCAUGACCGGUGGCUCGUACUCCGCGACCAUGGUCGCCUGGUUCCGUCAGAAGUACCCGCACCUCGUCAAUGGUGCGUGGGCCUCGAGUGCACCCGUGUUUGCCAAGAUGGAGUUUACCGAAUACAAGGAAAUCGUGAGUGAAAGCAUUCGGCUGGUUGGUGGGUCGAAUUGCGCCAAUCGGAUCGAGCGCGGUGUACAGCAGGUCGAGGAACUUAUCGCUAACCGGCAGUACGCACAAGUGGCCGACAAAUUUCGGCUGUGCAGUGAUGUGGAUCUCUCGAAACCGUUGGAUGUGAUGAACUUUUUCAGCAGCAUCUCGGACGAGUUUGCCGGCGUCGUCCAGUACCACUCGGCGGGCGAUAUUGAAGGGGUCUGUGAGGUGAUCGAGUCCGUGCCGAAUGAAAUGGAAGCCCUGGCCAAGUUCAUUACGAGCUCGCUCGGUGGAGGAUGCAACAGCUACGGUUACAAAGCGAUGGUAGAUUUCUACAAAAAUGUAGCCUGGAACCAUGGGGCAGCCCAGAGUUCGAUGCGCCAAUGGUUGUACCAGACCUGUGCUGAGUAUGGUUGGUAUCAGAUCUCGGGAUCGUCGAAUCAAAUUUUCGGAUCAAGCUUUCCGGUAGAGCUGUUUGUGGAACUGUGUGGCGAUCUCUACGAUGGAUUCUUCGACGAGACUAGGAUCGAGAACAACAUUGCGCGUACCAACGUCAUGUACGGUGGCUGGAAUCCGGAAGUAACGAAUGUGUUCUUCACCCAAGGUCAUCUGGAUCCAUGGAGAGCGAUGGGCAUCCAGGCAGAUCUCAAUGAGCACUCGCCCGGUGUUGUAAUCCCAGGAGCAUCACACUGUGCGGACUUGAGCUCGAUAUCCGCCGGGGAUUCGCAGGAAAUGCGAGCGGCCAAGGAGAAAAUAUUCGAGCUGGUACAACAGUGGUUGGCAUAAUCGGACCGAUGUUGAAGAAUAAAGAACAAAUUACGCUCUAGCCCAGCCAAUGAUAAGCUGCAAUCGUACGUGAGUGCUUUCUUCGGUUAAUGGUAGUUCGCUGCAGUAGCCAUUGAUUAGCGGGAGGAUUCGUGAUUGAAACGGAAAGACUUUCUCUCCCUAUUUCCGCGCGCCCCCAGUAAAAAGGUUCUAUUAACCUUGCCUUUACGGGAUUGUACGAAGCAGUUCGAUUGCGCUGCGCUGCGAGCAAUGGCUAUCGAUUCCCCUAUACCCAGUGGCAUUUACGAGCGAAUUAUACGUAAACCGUUACAUCGAACUGGUCGGACGGAUACGGACCGCCCGGACUCGGGCGGUCCGGAUCACGGAGAAAUUAUCCAAAUCCCCUAGGCCGCGGAAUCGAAAUGGAAUGGUUAUGGGCGGGUAUUUCGGUGCAAAUCACUUACCCGUAGAAAUCACGACGAAG